AUGUCGGCUGAUAUAGAGGCGCUCUCAGGACACGCAGCCGGGACCCUCCAGCGAGACCCUCCAGCGGGACUCUCCAGCGGGACCCUCCAGCGGGACCCUCCAGCGGGGACCCUCCAGCGGGACCCUCCAGCGGGACUCUCCAGCGGGACCCUCCAGCGGGACCCUCCAGCGGGACUCUCCAGCGGGACCCUCCAGCGGGGACCCUCCAGCGGGGACCCUCCAGCGGGGACCCUCCAGCGGGACCCUCCAGCGGGACCCUCCAGCGGGACCCUCCAGCGUGACCCUCCAGUGGGACCCUCCAGCGGGGACCCUCCAGCGGGACCCUCCAGCGGGGACCCUCCAGCGGGGACCCUCCAGCGGGACCCUCCAGCGGGACCCUCCAGCGGGACCCUCCAGCGGGGACCCUCCAGCGGGGACCCUCCAGCGGGACCCUCCAGCGGGACCCUCCAGCGGGACCCUCCAGCGGGACCCUCCAGCGGGACCUUCCAGUGGGACCCUCCAGCGGGACUCUCCAGCGGGACCCUCCAGCGGGACUCUCCAGCGGGACCCUCCAGCGGGACCCUCCAGCGGGACCCUCCAGUGGGACCCUCCAGCUGGACUCUCCAGCGGGACCCUCCAGUGGGACCCUCCAGCGGGACCCUCCAGCGGGACCCUCCAGCGGGACUCUCCAGUGGGACCCUCCAGCGGGACUCUCCAGUGGGACCCUCCAGCGGGACUCUCCAGCGGGACCCUCCAGCGGGAGUCUCCAGCGGGACUCUGCAGUGGGACCCUCCAGCGGGACCCUCCAGUGGGACCCUCCAGCGGGACUCUCCAGCGGGACUCUCCAACGGGACCCUCCAGCGGGACUCUCCAGUGGGACCCUCCAGCGGGACUCUCCAGUGGGACCCUCCAGCGGGACUCUCCAGUGGGACCCUCCAGCGGGACCCUCCAGUGGGACCCUCCAGCGGGACUCUCCAGCGGGACUCUCCAGUGGGACCCUCCAGCGGGACUCUCCAGUGGGACCCUCCAGCGGGACUCUCUGUGACUUUCCAUGAACACCUGUGA